AUGGACGACAGCAACAGCAAGAGGAAGACCGUCCCCGAGCUCCACGAGUUCACCAGCAGGUCGAACUUCCCCAGGCGUCGUCAAUCCGAUCGAGACGAGCGAGCCUCGGCACAGACCCCCAGGAGUGUUCCCGCGCCAUUGCGGUCGCGAGAUCGAGACUCGACUUACUCCCCCGGCUACCUCGCGCACCAGCACGACCCAAGGCCCUCGAGACGCGAGCUCGACGAUCACCCGCACAACCUCGCGUCGUCGUCAGAGAGCAAGCCAUGUAGGGUCCUUGCCUACACGCCUUACUCGCCUCUGCAGCAAGACGCCGUCAGCUUCUUCUCCGGCAGCCGCAGCGGCUCUGCUCCUGCGCCUCUCGCCGCAUCCGCCCACACGAGGGCCAGCUACGCGAAUGAAGGAGGCUCGGUCAGGCGAGUGCAGCAGCUCAUGGCGGAUGAGAGCAAGCGGGACUUCGGGCUGCUGUCACCGAGGAAGUCUGGCAUCAAGGACUACGAGUCUCCUCCCUCCACACCCUGA